AUGUAUAUAAAAAUAUGGAUCUCGUAUACGUAUACGUUCUAAUCAUGUUAUUUUUUUUGUAUCAUUUUAUGAAUUAUAUGAGUCAUUUCAUUAAAUCAAAACAAGUAAUAUAUAACUGCAUUCUUUUACUAAAUUCACUUUCUAUGAUUACAAAGUUAUACUGCCACAUUAUUGAUAUAAAGAAUACUUAUUAUAUUUGGAAUGUUAUUCAAACUGAGAACAAUAUCUAAUAACCCAUAAUUAAAAAAUGUUCACGUGACUAAUGUUGUAAAUUUUUAUAUGUAAUAGAAAAUCAAAUAGCAAGUUGCUAUUCGUGAGAAGGGAAGAUGAAGUUAUUCGCGCUAGCAAGGGCAAGAUGAGGGCAAAACGCGAAUCGAUCGUUACCCGAGAGCGUCCUGCGCGCUAAUCGCUAUCCCAGCGCUAGUAUUCGCCUGUACUUUGUUCCUAUCGGAUUGACAAGCUAAUACUGUGCUUUCUUGCCUUGUUCAAAUUACAGAAAAACGCUUUUUCAUAUACCUAACUGGCAAAAAUGAGAGACGAGGUGAAGAUGGACGCGAAUCGGCUAAUCGCCGAAGUUUAUAAGCGGCCAGCGCUUUGGAACCAAAGGCAUAUCUCUUAUCACAAUCGCGAGGUGACGAACCGCGUUUGGAUGGAGAUUGCAUCGAUAUUCAAAUUGCCCAAACCAGUAUUAAAAGCAAAGUGGAAAGGAUUACGAGAUACUUUCCGGGCGGAGUUAAAAAAGGACCAAGUUUAUCGCAAAAGUAAAUUUCAUCGAAAUAGGCCAGUAUGGAUACAUUUUAAAAGUCUGCAAUUUUUGAAAGAGCAAAUGUUACCCCGUCCUCCAAUUUGGGAACGAAGUAAUUCUUGUCAAGAUGAUGAUCGGGUGCCUAGCGAAAGUGAGAGUGAUGGAACGCUGAUACAGAAUGGUCCGUCGGUAACAAAUAGAAAUAUGGACGAUCGAAAUACAAUUGCGAAUCAUCUACUGUCGAUAAAUAACGAUAACGGAUUAAAAAUCGACGCUGCCAAUCAUAUAGACGUGAAGCAAGAACCUGAGGAGAAUUUUGAUAAUCUUGAAUUUCAGAGCGUCUCUGACAAUUUAACGGAAAACGAAAUGAUGCUACAAAACAUUUCUCCUGAACAGGUGCUCAUGGGUGACAAUGACAAUAUCCCGGUAGAUCCUUUAGAAGGCAACCGUUUCGAUGAUAAUUAUUAUUUUCUUAUGAGUCUCUUGCCUCAUAUAAGAACACUGUCCGCUGACAAAAGAAUGUUACUUAGAAUGCAAAUGCAAGAGCUGGUUUAUAAGGAAGUUUAUAAGAAAAAUUCGGAUGGCGUUACAGCAUCGUAAAGACAGAGAUAUUAAAAACGAGUACAUAUUUUGUAACAGAGAUAUAAAU